AGUCAAGCAACUAAAGUUCUAUGAUCUUUUUCUCAGUAUUUCUUUUACUUCAAGCGAUGACUUUUUUGAAGCAAAACCCUCCAAUCAUAGAAACCUAUGGUUGAGAUAUCAGUCCUAUGGCAGUUGUCUCCUUUCAUUACCAUAACCUGCUUAACCUUCAGCUCCAUAUUAUAUAUCUUCAUUAAACCACGCGAAAGCUAGUAGAAUUAUACACUGGAAAAGACAAAUUCUGGGAUUUCGGAUCAUGGGAUCCUUGGAAAGAUCAAAAAAGAAGGUGCAAUUAUGGAAGAAAGCUAUUGUCCAUUUCUUGUUAUGUUUCGUUAUGGGAUUCUUCACAGGCUUUGCUCCAACUGGUAAGUCUUCAAUAUUUUCUAAUGGAGUUGCAAUCUCAAAUCAUCACUUGGGAUUUUCACCACAGCCUGUGGAAGUGAUAAACCCUGUGAAAGGACAGAAUUUCACCACAAGCGAAUUGGAAGAAACUGCAAUUUCUACUGCAACAAAAGAAUCCUUAAACCUCAAAAAACCCAACGGCGGAGAAUUAAAUCCUAGGAGGCUUGUAAUAAUCGUAACACCUACAAGCAAAAUGGAUAGGCUUCGAGGGGUGCUUCUUAGGAGGCUAGCGAACACAUUGAAAUUGGUUGCUCAACCACUGUUGUGGAUUAUCGUGGAGCAGUUUUCGGAUUCUGCAGAGGUUUCGGAGAUAUUAAGGAAUACGGGGAUCAUGUAUAGGCAUGUAGUGUUCAAGGAGAAUUUCACUGAUAUUCAUGCUGAAAUGGAUCAUCAAAGAAAUCUUGCUCUUAAGCACAUUGAGCAUCACCGGUUGAGCGGAAUUGUGCAUUUUGCCUCACUUUCUAACGUAUAUGAUCUUAGCUUCUUCCAAGAGAUUAGAGCAAUCGAGGCAUUUGGUACAUGGCCAAUAGCUAAACUCUAUGCUAACAAAAAGAAGGUGAUUAUUCAAGGACCUGUUUGUGAUUCUUCAGAAGUUAUAGGGUGGCAUUUGAAGAAAAUUGAAAAUACAACGGAUACAACUACACUUCCAAUUCAUAUUUCAAGUUUUGCAUUCAAUAGCUCCAUUCUCUGGGAUCCAGAAAGAUGGGGGCGCACUUCAUCUGCUCAACGUACUUCACAGAAUGUCCUCAAAUUUGUGAAAAAGGAGGUUCUUGAAGAAGAUACCAAGUUGAAGGGAAUUCCUCAAGAAGGUUGCUCCAAAGUUCUACUUUGGAAUCUCCAUAUUUUUAAGCCGUGAAGGCGUGACUAUCUCUAUCAAACAUUGUCCCUUUAAUGCAAAGUGAAAGAGAGAAAGAUGACAUAAUAUGGGUUGAAGCCUCAUCCU